UAAAAAGUGUUUCUGCAUCUCGCUUUGGCCUGGCCACGACUCAAACACCGCGAUUCGGACAAAAAUUUUAGCUUUGACCUGCUACACAAGCCUCUAACAGGGGAACACACAAAGCCUAGAUCCUCUUUUUUCUCAAAACAAUUCUUUAAACCCGACAUCAUGUUUGAAGCUCGCUUGGUCCAGGGCUCCAUCCUGAAGAAUGUGCUGGAGGCUUUGAAAGACUUGAUCACAGAAGCGUGUUGGGACGUCAGCUCGUCCAGCAUCUCUCUGCAGAGCAUGGACUCAUCUCACGUCGCUCUGGUGCAGCUCACACUCCGAAGCGAUGGUUUCGACUCCUACCGCUGUGACAGAAACCUGGCUAUGGGAGUUAACCUCAGCAGUAUGUCAAAAAUCUUGAAAUGUGCAGCGAACGAAGAUAUCAUCACCCUCAGAGCAGAGGACAAUGCAGAUACACUUACCCUGGUGUUUGAGAGAGUCAACCAGGAGAAAGUCUCAGAAUAUGAGAUGAAGCUGAUGGACCUAGAUGUGGAGCAGCUUGGAAUCCCAGAGCAGGAAUACAGUUGUGUGGUGAAGAUGCCCUCGCGGGAGUUUGCCCGAAUCUGCCGUGACCUAUCCCAGAUCAGUGAAGCAGUCAUGAUCUCCUGUGCCAAGGACGGAGUCAAGUUCUCUGCCAGUGGAGAGCUGGGCACUGGGAACAUCAAGCUGUCCCAGACCAGCAAUGUGGACGAAGAGAGUGACGCAGUGACCAUUGAGAUGAAUGAGCCUGCCCAGCUGAUCUUUUCCCUCAACUACCUGAACUUCUUCACUAAGGCCACACCACUGUCAGAUACUGUCACCCUCAGUAUGUCUGCAGAUAUCCCCCUUGUGGUGGAGUACAAGAUUGCUGACAUGGGGCAUGUUAAAUACUACCUUGCACCCAAGAUUGAUGAAGAGGCUUCAUAAACAUGGUUUAGGAAUAACCCAAAAGGGAAUGCAGAGAAGCGCAUACAAUGGGGAUUCCACCUGCUGAAAAAAGCGCUGAAGUGAAUCACAAUCUGGACAGUUUACUCUUUGACAUCUGUUGAGUCUUUGUCUGUCUGUGUACAAACGCUUUGUGGGAGUCACUGGACAGUCUGCUUGUAUAGCAUUUUUAUUUUGACAGGUUCUGAGAUUUGUAUUCAUCGGAGUUCUUGUUUUGGACCAAUUUAACCGUUGUCCCUUAUCCAAGACCUGUGGCCAUGAUAUCACAAGUGAGGAAGCCCCCCCAUCUCUGUGUUCAAGGGUAGCUGAACUUCAAACACACUUGUAGAUAUGCAUCUGUAAAUACUUUUGCCCCACGGUUUCAGCCAACCUCAUUUUUUGUAUUCACCCGUUCAGUUCACAAAUACAUGAUUAAAAUUGUUU